GAGCCGAGGGCGGGGCCAUGGGCGGAGCCUCCUUCGUCCGUCUGUCGGUCCGUUCCGGUCGGUGUGCGGGGCCUGGAGGGGCGCUCGGGGCGGCCAUGUCGGUGUUCGUGACGCGGCGGAUCCCGGCCGAGGGGCUGCGGGUGCUGUCGCAGGCGAGCGGGUGCCGCGUGCAGCAGUGGGACUCGGAGGAGCCGGUGCCGCGGGCCGAGCUGCUGUCGCGCGUGGCGGGGACGCGCGGGCUCCUGUGCUUGCUCUCCGACCGCAUCGACCGCGAGGUGCUGGACGCGGCCGGGCCCGGCUUGAAGGUCAUCAGCACCAUGUCCGUGGGCUUCGACCACCUCGCUCUGGACGAGAUCAAGAAGCGGGGGAUCCGUGUGGGGUACACCCCUGACGUGCUGACGGACGCCACGGCGGAGCUCUCGGUGGCCCUGCUGCUCUCGGUGUGCCGACGGCUGCCGGAGGCGGCCCAGCAGGUCAAGAGUGGCGGCUGGACGACCUGGAAGCCCCUGUGGAUGUGUGGAUAUGGCCUGUCUGACAGCACGGUGGGCAUCAUCGGGCUAGGCAGGAUAGGACAGGCAGUCGCCCGGCGCCUGAAGCCGUUUGGGGUCAAGAAGUUUCUGUACACUGGCAGUGGCCCAAAACCAGAAAGCACAGCAGAGUUUGGGGCUGAGUUUGUCCCACUCACGAGGCUGGCCGAGGAGUCGGACUUCGUGGUGGUGACCUGUGCCCUGACACCAGCCACCCAGGGAAUGUGCAACAAGGACUUCUUCAGCAGGAUGAAGAAAACUUCUGUGUUUGUCAACACGAGCAGGGGGGGCGUGGUGAACCAGGAGGACCUGUAUGAUGCGCUGGCCCAGGGCCAGAUCGCAGCUGCCGGCCUGGAUGUCACCACGCCAGAGCCACUGCCCACUGACCACCCUCUGCUCUCCCUCAAGAACUGUGUGAUCCUGCCACACAUCGGGAGUGCCACUUACGCCACGAGGAGCACCAUGGCAGUGCUGGCAGCCAACAACCUGCUGGCCGGGCUGCGGGGGGAGCCCAUGCCCCACGAGCUGAAGCUGUGACAGCCCCCGUGGUGCGGCGGGACAGGCCAGCCCGGCCCCUCCCCUCUGCGGCAGCCAGGAGUCAUUAAAGAGCAGCAGGGAA